AUAGUUUUAUAGUGAAUUUCCUACUGCGUACGUCUUGUGGCAUGUAUUUCUAGGGGAAUCAUUGAUGACAAGGAAUCAUUUCAGACUAUGCUGAAUUAGAUGUCGGGUCUGGAGAGAAAAACAGAGUGAAACCAGCAGAGAGAAUGAACACACUAAUGGAGUCUGUAAAUAAUUCUUGGCUGCCUCGGGAUUCCUGUCAGAUUUUCCAUCUAGUACUUCUUCUGAGCCUCACCUACGUCAUCCUAAAAGUCAUCAAAAUGUUUUGGCGCAGACAGCAAGACAUCAGUGCUCUCCGAUGUUUUCCAUUGCCUCCCACACACUGGCUGUACGGUCAUGUCCACAAGAUGUCAGCAGAGGAAGAGUUCCUGACUACAGCGGCCUGGACAGAAAAAUACCCACAAUGUCAUCAGCUAUGGUUUGGACAAUUUUUAUUUGCCUUGAACAUUAACCAUCCUGAAUAUGCGAAAGCGGUGUUUAGUAAAAAUGAUCCCAAGGUUCUUCUAGUAUAUGGCUUCUUAAUUCCAUGGAUUGGAAAGGGCUUGUUGAUUCUGAAUGGUCCUAAAUGGCAGCAACAUCGGAAGCUGCUGACUCCAGGCUUCCAUUAUGAUGUUCUCAAGCCUUACACCAAUGUUAUGGUUGAAUCAGUCAAGCAGAUGCUGGAUAUCCUGGAGAAGCAGGUAUCAAAAAAUAUUACAGUAUCAGUGGAUAUGUUCAAACAUGUCAGUCUGAUGACUCUUGAUACCAUCAUGAAAUGUGCCUUCAGCAGUAAGAAUAACUGUCAAACAGAAAGGGAUAAUGUCUACAUUAAGGCCGUCUAUGACCUCACCAACCUGUUUGAUCAGAGGUUGAAGUCGCCAUUGCUCCACAAUGACUUCACCUACUGGUUUAGCUCCCAGGGGCGCCAAUUUUACAAUGCUUGCAAAGUAGCCCAUCAUCACACAGACAAUGUUAUAAGGGAGAGAAAGGAGUCCCUUAAGAAUGAGAAAGAACUCGAGAAGAUCUUGAAGAAGAGGCGUUUAGACUUCCUGGAUAUUCUUAUUUGUGCAAAGGACGAAAAUGGGAACUCAUUGUCAGAUGAAGACUUACGUGCUGAGGUGGACACAUUUAUGUUUGAAGGUCAUGAUACCACAGCUAGUGGCAUCUCUUGGCUCUUCUAUUGUAUGGCCCAGAAUCCUGAACAUCAGCAGAGAUGCAGAGAGGAGAUCAUGGAACUUUUUGGCAAAGAGGGGCAUGUGGAAUGGGAUGACCUAGGAAAAAUGCCAUAUGUCACCAUGUGCAUUAAAGAGAGCAUUCGACUUUACCCACCAGUAUACCAAAUAGGGCGAGAAUUAAAUGUGCCAGUAACAUUUCCAGAUGGAAGAACAAUACCAAAAGGAACUUUUGCUAUAUUGAGUAUUUAUAACCUUCACCGAAAUCCUGAGGUCUGGGACAAUCCUGAGGUCUUUGAUCCUCUAAGAUUUUCCCCAGAAAAUGCAAGUCGUCGCCACCCCUAUGCCUUUCUUCCUUUUGCUGCUGGGCCAAGGAACUGCAUUGGACAACAAUUUGCCAUGAAUGAGAUGAAAGUUGCUCUUGCCUUGACACUUCAGCGGUUUGAACUUCUUCCUGACCAUUCCCAGCCCCCCAUUCCCAUCCCACAGACUGUUACCCGAUCCAAGAAUGGAAUACACCUGAAGCUGAAAUCUAUCCACUGAUCUUUGAUAUACAGUACUAUAAUCCCAGCUGAAGCACUUUUGGUACUCUUAAAUGAAUAUUGAAAGCUCAUUACAUUUAUAUACUGCCCCAUGUACUUCCAUAAGUCCAGGGUAUCAUUAGACUUGCUCAUAUCUUGGAAAAUCAGGGUCAUGGCAUUUCUGAAUGAAUUAAUAUGGUCUUCCUCUUUCCUGCUGCUUUCCACUUUACUGAAUUGCAUUGUCUCCUCUGAUAAAUCAUUCCAGUGAGUCUCAUAUGUCCCAAACAUGGUGUAGUCACUUUAGCUUAUGGUUAAGAGUCCAAGCUUGGUUUACUUUAGAGUCCAUUAAUUUGUCUUUUUGGCAGUUCAUAGUAUCCACAUUUCUCUCUUUUUGCAUAACAAUUCAGAUGGGUUUAUCUUCUAUCAGCUUUCUUCAAUGUCCAGAAAUCAGAAAUAGUAUGGCAUAUAUGAUUCUGACCGAUAUGUAAGAAUAAAAUUUUAUAUUUGAGGA